ACUCCAUAUUACCGCCACGUCUCCACUCUUUGAACUGAGAUUGGGCACGAGUCCGGCCCACAAAGACUAAAAACACUCUAAACCCCUUUCAGAUUUGGUAAUGGAAUGGUAGAGUAGAGAUGCUUCUUUUCUUGUUGGCUUCUUCAACCAGCGGAGCACAUCUCUCUCUCUCUCUCUAGGUUUGUAAAUUCCAAUUUUGACCACCUUAUUACACUUGCCAUGAAUUCAUCUUCUUCAACAACAACUGUUCAGCUCUGGCUUCUGUUUUGAAUUCUGUCUCAUAUCACAUGGCGGUCUCCGACAUCGAAGCGGUGUUGGAGUUCCUGAAGAAGAAUGGCUUCUCCAAUUCACAAUCGGCUCUCAUUGAGGACCUACUUGACAACUCCCAAUAUCGCUCCUUCCAUUUCGACAAGUUUCUUCUGUUCCCAAAUCUGAAGAUUUCUGAGUCUGAUUCGGAGGCCGAGGCCCGCGAUCGUCUUCAUUUGAGCGAUUAUUCUUCUGAGGAGUUUGUCAGCUUGGGUUCUUCCACCACUCAUGUGUGUUCUUCAGAGUUCACUAACCCAUAUGGAGUUCACUCUAGGGUAAGCUCCCAAGCUUCAUCGGAUAGAUUAUCUCAAUUUGGUACAGCUCGUGAUUAUCAUGAUUUUGAUAUGCAAAAUCAUCCGAACUGGUACAAUGAGAAAGACGAAGAAUUCAGUGCUCCUUUCCACUUUGGUAGGUCAGACUCUUUUAUUUGGCCAAGUGAGGACAAGUUUGUCAUGACUUUAGAGAUAGAGAAGCAAAUUGAUAGCCAAAUGGGUUUGAAUCGUACGUUAGAAGGAUUUCAAACUGUAGAGAGAAAUAUUUACUUGGACAAGGCGUGGCCUUUUAGUCUUUCAUCCAUGGAUGAUGUAAAUGGGGUUCAGGUCACAAAUUAUCAUCAUUUUGAAGAGAAUUUCCAAGAAGGAAUUCUUGAAAAGGAAAAAGAUCAAGAUCCUAAGGACCAUACUUUCAUUGAUCUGAAAGAUUUCCUACCAAAUAGAAAUGAUGAAUAUGAAGGUAGAAAUGACACAAAAGUGGUUGGAGAACCCCAUGAGCCAGAUGGUGCUGCUGAUGAAGAGGAGAGUGUUACUGCAGAUCAGCUUCUGAUGCAUGAUACUAAUGCAGAAGAAUACGAAGUAUUGAAUCUAAGAAUUGUCCAUAGGAAAAAUCGGACUGGAUUUGAAGAGAACAGGGAUCUGCCCAUUGUUCUAAAUAGUAUAAUUGGGAGUAGAUAUUAUGUUACGGACUAUCUAGGCUCAGCUGCUUUUAGCAAAGUUAUUCAGGCACAUGAUCUGCACAUGGGAAUUGAUGUUUGCUUGAAGAUCAUUAAAAAUGAUAAGGACUUCUUUGAUCAAAGCUUAGAUGAAAUUAAACUUCUAAAGUUUGUGAACAAGCACGAUCCUGGUGAUGAACACCACAUUUUGCGUCUAUAUGAUUACUUCUAUCAUCAGGAGCAUCUUUUCAUUGUUUGUGAACUCCUUCAGAAAAACUUGUACGAAUUUCAGAAAUAUAAUAGAGAAUCUGGUGCAGAGCCUUAUUUUACACUAAACAGGCUGCAGCUCAUAACCCGGCAAUGCUUGGAGGCAAUGGAAUACUUGCAUCAAUUGGGAAUUAUCCACUGUGACCUUAAGCCUGAGAAUAUUCUUAUCAAAAGUUACAGGAGAUGCGAGAUAAAGGUUAUUGAUCUUGGAAGCAGUUGCUUUCAGACAGACAAAUUGUUCCUCUAUGUACAAUCUCGUUCCUACAGGGCUCCUGAAGUCAUCCUUGGCCUCCCGUAUGACCAGAAGAUUGACCUUUGGUCUCUUGGUUGUAUCUUGGCAGAGCUUUGCUCUGGGAAAGUGCUUUUUCCAAAUGAUGCUCUUGUGGUGUUACUGGCACGCAUGAUUGGGAUGCUUGGUCCAAUUGAUUUGGAGAUGUUAGUGAGGGGGCAGGAGACACACAAGUAUUUUACAAAAGAUUAUGAUCUUUAUCUUAUAAAUGAGGAAACAAGCCAAUUAGAGUACAUAAUUCCUGAGGAGGCAUCCUUGGAGCAUCACUUGCAGGUUUCUGCUAUUGGAUUUAUUGAUUUCGUAAGGGAUUUGCUUGAGAUAAAUCCCCAGAGACGUCCAACUGCAAGGGAGGCGCUAAAGCACCCUUGGCUUUCCCAUCAAUAUGAUCCGAACUCUUGCUGAAUUGGUGGAGAAAUGGUUGUUUCUGCGGGCUUGUUUUAGAAGCAGCUCUUUCAUCUGUAUAGUUUUCUGUUGUCGCAAGACCAAUAUGCAUGUCUGAUCCAAGUUCUGGUUAGUAAGUACAUACACACACAACUUUUUUCUGUUUUGUGUAUAUAUAUAUAUAUACAUGUAUAUCCUUUAUCAACAUUUUUGUGAUGCAUUGGAUGAUGAAAAAUUAGAAAUCAAAUAAUAUUUCAAGAUGUCUUUGUAGUUCC